AUGGUGUCGCCGGACCACUCCCACUUCACAAUAGCGUCCACGUUCCGUCUUGGCGGCGCCGCUCUUGUGGCGUUCAUGUUCAUCUGGACCAUCUGCUCUUCCUUCAAUGCCACUCCCAUCCCCCCCACCACCACCACCCCCACUUUCACCGCCUCCUUCAGCCACUACGACUCCCCGGAGCGCAACUUCUACGACGACCCGAAGCUGAGCUACAGCCUCGGGUCGUCGCAUCCGAUGAAGGGGUGGGACGAAAAGAGGCAAGAGUGGCUGAAGCAGCACCCCUCAUUCGCCUCUGGAGCCCUGACCCGGAUCGUGAUGGUGACCGGGUCGCAGCCGGGGCCGUGCAAGAGCCCAAUCGGAGACCACCUCCUCCUGAAGCUGUUCAAGAACAAGGUGGACUACUGCCGCCACCACGGCAUCGACAUCUUCUACAACAACGCCCUCCUCCACCCGCAAAUGUUCUUCUUCUGGGCCAAGAGCGCCGCGGUCCGCGCCACCAUGCUGGCCCACCCGGAGGCCGAGUGGAUCUGGUGGGUCGACUCCGACGCCGCCUUCACCGACAUGGACUUCGUCCUGCCCCUCCGCCGCUACGACCACCACAACAUGGUCGUCUACGGCUGGGACAACGUCGUCCGGGAGAAGCACACGUGGACUGGGAUCAACGCAGGAGUAUUCCUCCUGCGCAACUCCCAGUGGGCCCUGGACUUCCUCGAAGUGUGGGCCAGCAUGGGCCCACAGUCUCCGGACUACGAGAAAUGGGGCAAAACCCAAAAUGCAUUUUUCAAGGACAAGAGGUACUCAGUGUCUGAUGACCAGUCUGGCCUCAUCUACUUGUAUCUAAACGAGAAGUGGGGGGAAAAGAUCUACGUGGAGGAAGAGUACUAUUUCCAAGGGUACUGGGCCGUGACUGUUCCGACUUUUGAGAACGUUACGGCCAGGUACACGGAGAUCGAGAGGAGUGUGGCGGCGCUGAGGCGGAGACACGCGGAGAAGGUGAGCGAGGGGUACGCUAGGGUGUGGGACGAGCAGCUUAAGGGGAAGGGGAGCUUGCGGAGGCCGUUCGUCACGCACUUCACCGGAUGCCAGCCAUGUAGUGGGGACAACAACCCGAUAUAUUCUAGCAAGAGUUGCGUUGAUGACUUGAUCAAAGCGCUCACUUUUGCAGAUAAUCAAGUGCUCAGAAAUUAUGGAUACAUGCACCGAGACAUAAAUGAUCCUUCCAUAGUCAAUCCACUUCCCUUUAAUUAUCCUGCUUGAUUAUGUACCUUUUCCUCUCCAAUUUUUCACUAUGUAAUGU